AUGAGUCCAGUGGACAAAAACAGCACAGAAGUGUCAGAGUUUUUUAUUGUGGGCUUUCCAAGUCUCCAGCACGAGUAUUUUCACAUAAUGGCAUGGUUCUUCUUGAUCUUUUAUGUGACAAUACUGGUCGGCAACCUGGUACUGGUUGUAGUUUUUGCUUUGGAGCGCAACCUUCAGAAGCCAAUGUAUAUCACCAUGGUCAGCCUGGCUCUCUCAGACAUUGGUUUUACCACAGUUGCUUUACCGAAACUCAUUGCUCGCUACUGGUGGAAUGAUGGGAGCAUUGGCUUUCACACAUGCCAGUUUCAACGGCACAUGAUCCACUACUUUGGCAGUUUAAACUCUAUGAUCAUGCUGACCAUGGCUGUUGACCGAUACCUGGCCAUCUGUUUUCCUCUCAGAUAUCCCACGCUGAUGACCAUCCAAACCAUGACGGUUCUGACAGUCUUCUGCUGGGUCACGGCACACAUCUUUCCUGGCAUUGGCAGCAUUAACCUCGCCCGAACGUCAUUUUGUGGCCCCAAUCAAAUCCUCCAGGCCUUCUGUGACUUUACGUCUUUAGUUAGUCUAGUGUGUGAGCAGCAAAGCUAUCUGUACACUGUAACCUACAUCACAGCAAUGGUGGUUCUUUAUGUUCCUUUGUGCUUCAUCGUAUUCUCCUACAUUUGCAUUGUUAUUACAGUCUUGCACAUGGUCAACGGACAGGGCAGAAGGAAGACGUUUUCCACCUGCACCACACAGGUAUUUAUCAUUUCCAGCUACUACAUACCUCGUUUUGUUGUCUACACGGCACCGUACAUUCCUAAUUUUCAAACGACCGUUGAUGGGCGAAUGGCAACAACGUUUUUUUACAGCUUUUUCCCCCCGCUGAUAAACCCGUUUGUCUACUGUCUCAGAACCAAAGAGAUCCAGGAAAUAUUCAAGCGCUGGAUACAGAAACGUAAAUCCAACAAGUCUAACCCUGGACGAAAUGUAACUGUCCCUGAAUUACACUGA